AUGCCAAAAACCCUCCAUAAAGUCCAGAAGCAAAUCGCCAAGCAGCGCCGGAAGCUGGAUUCACUCCAUGAGAACAGCCGGGAUUCGAAGCGGCUGCGGCGGGCGGGCGAGCGAGAGCAUAAAUUGGCUGUCGCUGCGUCCGUGACGAUGAAGGGAAGACAAUCUUUUGUGGACCGAGUGCAUUUUUUCAAAGAGAACAUCCAGGAUCCGCCCGCGGUGUUGUCGGAUGGAGAUAUGGCCCAGUUGAUUACGAGAUUCAUCGCCCGCCACCAACCCGAAUUAGAUCAGUUACAACAAGAACGGCGGCCGGGCAGGCCACCAGUGAAGCGCGAGGAGGUCCUCAGGGAGAAAAUAGAGGCGGAGGGCAGAGAGUUUGAGAGCGGCUUCUGGCUGCCGGAUAUGGGCGAUGAGGAGAACAUCAAGAAACUGGCGAAGUGGAAUGGGGAGUGGUCGUCGAUGAAAAAAAACCUUCGACAACCAACAUUCGAUGUUCGAUGCUCCAACCUCCAACCUCCAUACCCGCAAUCUCCCUCAACUCCCCGGCAUUCUAACGCUGCAACACCACCUAGCCUUCUAUCCACAAUGCUCUCCCUCCGCGCCUUCGCCCGCUCGGUUCCGCGCACCUUCUCCAGAUCCAUUGCCAUCUCUGCCAGAUCAACCAUCUCAAAACCUAGCAUCCUCCAGUCAGCAUGGAUCCGUGCUCCCCGAUAUGUUUACCCUGCCACUGCUGCUUUCUCCACGACCAGAGCGAGAUUGGAACCUGCGGGACAGUCCGAUCUCGAACUUGCCGCCAAGCUGAAUGAGGAAAUGAAGUAUGAGCAGAAUGACUCUAGUGUUGAGACCCUCCCGGAGUCAGUGCAGUAUUAUAUUGAUAACUGCCCUUUUGAGAUCCAACACAAGGAAGGUGAAGAUGAAGUUGUCCUCACAAGAACAUUCGGAGAUGAGAAAAUCCGCGUCGCAUUCUCCCUCUCUGACAUCCAAGAUCUGACCGAGAACGACUCCGCCCUCGCCGACGAGCACGAUGACCUGGACGCCCCUACCAACGAACGACAGGGCAGAGGCAGCCAAGUCCCCGUCGCCCCCGAGGAGAAAGUCUCCGAGGCAGAUCAAGAAGAGGAAGGCUUCGAAGAUGAGGACCAGGUACCCAGCUACCCAGCACGCGUCAGCGUCACGAUCGAGAAGAAGGGCAAGGGCGCCAUGCAGAUCGAAACCAUCGCCCAGGACGGGUUCAUCCAGAUCCAGAACGUAGGCUACUUCGCCAAGGCCGACCUGGCCAAUGCGGCCAGUGCCGAGAAGGAGUGGACCCGCCAGAGUCUGUACAGCGGGCCUCCGUUCGGCAACCUCGAUGAAGACCUGCAGACCCUGAUGGAGCGGUAUCUGGAAGAGAGAGGGAUUGAUAGUGCGCUUGCGUUGUUCGUGCCGGAUUAUAUUGAGUUUAAGGAGCAGCAGGAGUAUAUUCGAUGGCUACGCAACCUCAAGACUUUCGUCGAAGCUUAGAUGGCGGCAAUCCCUUCGCUAUCCGAAUCCCUUAGCUACACUUGUCUUAACCGAACUCCCAAACUCUCAACCACGACUCUUUCUCCCCGUAGAACUUCCGCCACUCCCGCUUUUUCUCCAAAAGAAAAACUACACAACGACUCUUACUCCUCCUUCUAAUCCCACCGACCUCUCCUAUGUAACAAAUAACAAACCCAAUCCCCCAUUAAGCAUUCCAAAUCACAUAUAAAACCUCCACCCUGUAUUUUAUACUUUACUUUGGUAGUAGUUCGUUGGGCAAACUACGAAGCGAUAAAAAAAAAUUCACACCUUGUGUAUUCCAUGCAUUUUACUUUAGUCUUCUCUUUUCUUCUUUCUUUCUUCCUUCUUCUUGUGUUGUUAAUGAAUUAAUAAGUCAUCAAAUAUCAUAGCGAAUAAAUGACGCGG